AUGGGGAAUUCAGAUAGUAACGCAAGCAUUAAAGCCUUACAUGCUAAUUAUAUGGUGGUUCGUAAUAUCAAAGAUGAUCCAAGAUAUGGGGAAGGUCGAUUAGUGAAAUAGAAACAGACAAAACAAGAUGCAUUUUAGAAGGAGAUCAAUUUAACAGAUGAAGAUAAAUUCAAGAAACUUAAAGUAAUGUUGGAAAAGAAAGAAAGUAACACAUACGAACACAUCAUUAAUGUUACUAGUAUUAAAGUUUGCAUAACAUUAUCUAGAGCUAUAUUAUCAUGAAGAUAGUUAAUUCUGUGGUCAAUUUUUUAAAAUUUACAUUUUGUUAGAAUAUAUACCAUUAUGUUUAUAUGAUAUCAUAGAACAAAAAUUAGCUAAGAAACAAUAGUUCAAAGAAUAAGAAUUAAUGUAAAUUCUAAAAGGAUGUAUUGAAGGAUUGUUCAUUUUGCAAUUUUAAAAUAUUACUCAUUAAGCUAUACGACCAGAGACUAUAUCUUAUUUAGAAUAAUAUCCAUUUGUUAAAUUGACUGAUCCUACUGUGAGUGGAGUAUUGAGUUCAUUUCAAUUAGUGGUGUAAGACGAAUUGAAAUAAAUCAAUUAGAACUAUUUGAGUCCACAGUUGAUGCAAUCUUUGAACGAUGAAAUGCAACCAUAGCACAAUCCUUAUAAAAGUGAUGUAUAUUCAUUAGGAAUGACAAUGCUCCAUCUCUCAACUCUUAAUAAUUGUGAUGAUUGUUAUGAUAUUCCAAGAUCAAAAGUUUUACAUUAAUAAGUCUAGCGUAGAUUAUAAUAAAUAGAACCCUCUUUCUCAUCCUCAUACAUUUAAGUACUAAGAGAAAUGUUACUCUUAAAUGAAGACUAAAGACCAGAUUUCAUACAAUUAAAAUAGGUAUUAUAAGGAAUUUCUACUCCUCAAUCUCCCCAGUAACAAUAUUAUGAAGAAGAAUAAAUAAUAUAAUCAAAGAAAGUUCCCAUUAUUCAAGUAUAAGCUUAUGAAUAGGCAGUGGAGAGUUUCUCAAUUCAAUAACCAUUAUAAACACCUUAAAUAAUUAUGCAUUCAGAAUAGAGUGCUAAAUUUAAUAUAUAAUAAUCUACUUAAUCUAUAAGGAAUAGUUAGAUUUAGAAAUCUUAACAAUUAAAAUAAUCUCAAUAAGUAAAUUAAUCCAUUUAUGUUGAACGUAAUGGAGUAUAAGAAUUGAGACCAGAUAUAUGUGAUCAUAUUAAAAUAGUAAUAAAAAUUUGAUAUAUUAUUAUUAGUUGCCCUUAUCUGAUUAAAUUGCUGAACCAUCUGAAAUUGAUCAUAAUAUAGGAAAUCAAAUUGGAAUGGAUUAAUUUCUAGAUAUUACUCAUGAACCUGAUUAAUAAGAAAAUGUAAUGCCAAUUACAUCUUUUGAAACUUCUUAAUAAUAUUAACAAUUCUAACAUAUCUAAUAAUCCAAAUCAAAUUUACCUGUUACUUAUGAAUCAUAUAAAAUGGAUUAUAAUAUGUAAAUGAAUAAUUCAUAGAAUAAUUAUAAAUAUGAUUAUUUAUAUGAUAGAAAUUUAAGCAAUCAAGAGAAACUCAUUAAUUAUUAGAAUGAUUUCAAGAAAACUUUAGAACAUCUAUCAGUAUAACCUGAAAAAGUUAUAGAAGUAUAUGCAAAUGGAUCCAAAUAUGAUGGUGAAAAAUUAAAUGGAAUGAGACAUGGAUAUGGUACAUUUUUUUAUUAAGAUAAUGGAGGAGUAUAUGAAGGUCAAUGGUUUGAAAAUAAAAUGCAUGGAAUAGGUAAUAUUAUACAUUUAUUCUAUUUUAGGAACAUUAUUUUAUGCAUCAGGUAAACCUGCAUAUGAAGGAUAGUGGGUAAAUGAUAAAUUUUAAGGUAAAGGUACAUUGUACAAUGAGGAACCAUAAAUGUUAUUUAGUGAUUUUGAUUAUGGAGAUUUUGAUUAAGUUGGAGAGUAUGUACUUUAUAAAUAAAUUUUAGAUAUUGGACUAAAUAUUUUGGAUAAUUCCAUGAGGAUAAUAAAGAAGGAUAAGGAACUUUAUUUUUAUCUAAUGGUGAUAAAUUUGAAGGCAAUUUCCUUUAAGAUUUAGUAAGUGGUCCAGGAAAGUAUAUAAAAGCGAAUGGAUAAGUUUUUUCUGGGAGAUGGUGGAGAAAUAAACUAUAAUAGUGA